AUGAGACUGCUACUGAUCUGUGCGUCGCUCCUCUCCCUCAGCAUCCUGUCUGACGCCAUGCCACAAGCAGGUGUCCUGGAGCAGAAGUGCAAGGCCGGGCCGGUGGACCUGGUGUUCAUCAUCGACGGCUCACGCAGCGUCCGGCCGCACGAGUUCGAGACCAUGCGCAAGUUCAUGAUCGACAUCAUCCACACGCUGGACGUGGGGCCCGACGGCACGCACGUGGGCGUGGUGCAGUACUCCAGCCAGGUCCAGAACGUCUUCUCCCUCAAGGACUUCACCAAGCUGGAGGACAUGGUGAAGGGCAUCAACGAGAUCAUCCCCCUGGCGCAGGGCACCAUGACGGGCCUGGCCAUCAAGUACGCCAUGAACGUGGCCUUCUCCGCCGAGGAGGGCGCGCGCCCGCGGGUGCCCGACGUGGCCGUGAUCGUGACGGACGGCCGGCCGCAGGACCGCGUGGCUGAGGUGGCGGCCGCCGCCCGGGAGAAGGGCAUCGAGAUCUACGCCGUGGGCGUGGCCAGGGCUGACAUGGGCUCCCUGCGCGCCAUGGCUUCCCCGCCCCAUGAGGACCACGUCUUCCUGGUCGAGUCCUUCGACCUCAUCCACCAGUUUGGCCUGCAGUUCCAGGACAAGCUCUGUGGGAUGGACCUGUGUCUGGAGUCUGACCAUGGCUGUGAGCACAUCUGUGAGAGCUCCCCUGACUCCUACCAGUGUGAAUGCCUUCCAGGGUAUCGGCUCAACGAUGACGGCAAAACGUGUGCAGUAAUUGACCUGUGUGCAGAGGAAAAACAUGACUGUGAGCAGAUCUGUGUGAGCUCUCCCGGCUCCUACUCAUGCGACUGCAACGACGGGUACACACUCAACGAGGACAAGAAGACCUGCGCCGUAAUUGACCUGUGUGCAGAGGGAAAACAUGACUGUGAGCAGAUCUGUAUCAGUUCCCCCGGUUCCUACACAUGCGACUGCAACUCUGGGUAUACACUCAAUGAGGACAAGAAGACCUGCACAAUGAUCGACUACUGUUCGUUUGGGAAUCACAGCUGUCAGCACGAGUGUGUCGGUGUGCUGAACGGCUAUUUCUGCCGCUGUAAUGAGGGACACACACUCCAGGAGGACGGGAAAAUCUGCCUGUCGGACAACCUGUGUAACACAGUGGAGCACGGCUGUGAUCAUCAGUGCGUCAGCACCCCUGGAUCCUACUUCUGCAUCUGCCCCGAAGGCCAGCUUCUGCAGGAGGAUGGCAAGAGCUGUGGCACCUGCAGGUCAGCCAACAUCGACCUGGUGCUGCUGAUUGACGGCUCCAAGAGCGUGCGGCCUCAAAACUUUGAGCUGGUGAAGCAGUUUGUGAACCAGGUGGUGGACUCCCUGGAUGUGUCGGCUCACGGCACCCGGGUAGGCCUGGUCCAGUACUCCAGCCGCGUCCGGACCGAGUUCCCCCUCAGCCGCUACCAGAACCCGGAGGACAUCAAGAGCGCCGUGAUGAAGGUGGAGUACAUGGAGAAGGGAACCAUGACCGGCCUGGCCCUCAAGCACAUGGUGGAGAACAGCUUCGCCGAGUCCGAGGGGGCUCGCCCCGCCAAAAGGAACAUCCCCCGCGUCGGCCUGGUGUUCACCGACGGACGCUCUCAGGACGACAUCACAGAGUGGGCCAAGAAAGCCAAGGAUGCAGGUAUCACGAUGUACGCGGUGGGGGUCGGGAAAGCCGUGGAGGAUGAGCUGCGGGAGAUUGCCUCAGAGCCACUGGACAAACACUUCUUCUACACCACUGACUUCACCGCCAUCAACCAGAUUGCUGAGAACCUGAAACUCAACAUAUGUGCAGAGGAGAGCCAGGGGGAGAUCGAGGUGAAAGAUCCCUGCGCUUGUGAGAGUUUGGUGGAAUUCCAGCAGGCCACCAUGACAUCUAUGGAGAACCUGACUCAAAAACUCUCAGUGAUGACAGCCAGACUGGAGGACCUGGAGAACCAGCUGCUGUCUCGGAAGUGA